GAGGGACGCACACCACUACAUUGGUGUCUAUGGAAUCCGACGCUGACGCACGAGCAACACAAGGAAGUCGCAAUUCUCAUGAUCACCUUUGGCGCGUCAGUGACAAUAAAAGAUAAGGAUGGAAAGACGCCUCUUGAUGUGUAUCAUGAUAAAGAAUGUGUAAAUUACGAAAAAACCACGAAAACCAAGAAAAAGGAGGAGUUGAAAGAACUACUUAAAGAACUAUCAAUUCCGUCAGAGAUUUUAGCCAGGGGUCCCGAAGCCGUCAAAGCAUUCAAAGAUGCACUUAAAACUGGUGAAAUAACAGUUGUUAAUUCAAGACUGAUGUUCCUAGGUAACGAGGGUUCCGGGAAAACCUCUUGUGUCAAAGCCAUGCUUGGGAAAGCGUAAGUACAAUCGGAUGUAUUAGGUUUUGUACUUUAUAUCGAUUUACUUUGCUUGCU